AUGUUCGUCUCUCUGUGUCUUCUCUGUGUGUCUUCUGUUGGAAUCUCUUCUUCUUUUUCUUCUUUUAAACAGGGGUCUAUUUAUAUUGUUAGCGAAGUUGAAAGAGGCGAAUGGAACAGAGUCUCGGGGCGAUCUCUCACCCGCCUCUUCUCUGUCCCUCUGAAUUCGCUUCGCGCAUUCAUAUUUAUUGAUGUCUGCCAAAAACUGGUGUGGGGUCGGGGCGAUGAUGUCGGGGAAUUGGUAUUUCCUCCACCUGUUUUCUUCAUUGUCUUUGCUCCUGAGAAAUUAAUUAUUUCUCAUUUUGGAAGUUUCCCCCUUUUCUCGGAUAACGGGUGUAGGCAUUAUUCCGCCCACGGCUUCUUCUUCCUUCUCUUAGCAUCUCUCACUAAUGCUCCUCAGUGGGUGUGGGCAGCUCCUUCACCCUUCUUCUCUCCCGUCUGCGCCUGCUACCCUUCCGUGGGUGCAGGCAGCUCCACCUCCUUCCUUGAUCACUCUUCUGCGCCUGUAACCUCCACCAUUCAGCGAAGACUAAUUAAAAAAGAUAUUAUUCAAAAUGCUAUCACCUCAUAA